AUGUCUGAUUCUGAAGAAGAACAAGUGAAACAAGCCCCUAUUAUUAAGCCUCAUUAAAAAUAACAAAAGGACUUCUAUGCUGAAUAAUUGUAAGCCAAUGAAGAAGCAGAAUCAUAAGCUCCUUUGUUGGUUGUUGUAUAAGGACCAAAAGGUAGUGGUAAGACAACAUUGAUAAAAUCACUUGUGAAACAUUACACAGGAUAGAAGAUAAAGAAAUUAGUAGGUCCAGUAACAGUUCGUUCAAACAAAUAACAUAGAGUAACAUUUAUAGAGUGUCCAAGUGAUAUCAAUGCAAUGAGUGAUUUAAGUAAAGUGGCAGAUUUAGCAUUGAUAUUAAUUGAUGCAAGUAUAGGAUUUGAGAUGGAAACAUUUGAAUACUUAAGUUUGUUAAAUAAUCAUGGUUUUCCAAAUGUAAUGGGUGUGUUGACUCAUAUUGAUUUCUUUAAAGACAAUAAAUAAUUAAGAAAAACAAGAAAGAAGUAUAAAAAGAGAUUUGAAUAUGAAACUGGUGGCAAUUAUAAAUUGUUCUAUUUGUAAGCUUUAAAAAAUGAAUACUAUUUGAAAUAAGACAUUCACAAUUUGGCACGGUUUAUAUCUAUUAUUAAAAUUGCACCAGUUAGAUGGAAAACAGAACAUCCAUUUAUAUUGGCAGAUCGUUAUGAAUAGGGUAAAGAUAAUACUACAACCUUUUAUGGAUAUGUAAGAGGAUGUACUUAUAGAUUAAAUGAUAGAAUUCAUUUUGUAGGAUAAGGAGAUUACUAUAUUGAAAGUUUUGAAGAAGUUUUGGAUCCAGUUGAAAUCAUAACAACUUAGAAGAAACAUCGAUCUUUAAAAGAUACUGAAAAAUUGGUUUAUGCUCCCAUGUCUAGUGUAGGUGCUUUAACUAUUGAUGCUACAGCAGGAUAUAUCACAAUCCCAUAACCAAUAUUCACAGAAAAAAAUAAAUUUGUUAAUAAUGAAGAGUAGGAUGAUGAGGAUAUAGAAGAGUAAGAAUAAGAAUAGGAAUUACCUGAAGGUGUAAGGAUGGUCAGAGAAUUAUAACAAUUAACUGAAGGAAUUGAUAAAUAAUUAGAGGAAGAAGAAGAUGCAUAAUUAUUGGAGGGAUUUGAGUUGGAAGAAGACUAACCUAUCAAAAAGAAAAAUAAUUUAUAAUAGAUAUAAUAACAAAGAGAAUUAGUUAGAUUAAAGAAUAGAGUUAAUAUAAAAAUUGAGAAUGGAACUGUUAUGCCUAUUUCAGAUACUCUACUAGCUACUGAUUUACAUGAAUUAAUAUAUUAAAAUAAGAAUGGUAUUAAUGAGUUUGAUAGUGUAAGAUACAUACCUAAAAUUUAAGAUAGAGAUUCAUAUAGGGAGAUUAAAGAAUUAUUUGUGACAGGAUUUUAUGGAUAGAAUGAUGUUGUAGAUUUGGAAAAUUUAGAAAAAUAAAUAGAAGUGGAAGAAUAAGAAGAAUAAGAAAAAGAAUAAGAAGAAUAAGAAAAUAAAGAUAAUAAUUAAAAAGAUGAUAAUUAAAAAUAAAAAGAAAAUUAAUAAGAAAGAUAAUAAUUAGUUAAUGAAUUAACUAAUUCAAAUCUAGGAUUAUAUAAAAAAGGCAUUUAUGUCAAAAUAGUUAUUAAAGAUUUCUCCUCUUCUAUUAAAGAUGAUUAUCCUAUGAUUCUUGCUAGAUCUGAAGUUGGGGAAGAUAAUUUAGGAUUCAUCAAGGUAUAUAUUCUUUUCAUAUAUAUUAUAGAUUAGAAUUAAAAAGCAUAGAUGGCAUAGCAACAUUUUAAAAUCUAAUGAUCCUAUCAUCAUCUCUCUUGGAUGGAGGAGAUUUUAAACUAUUCCUAUUUAUUGUGUAUAAGAUCCUAAUGAUAGAUUACGUUUCAUUAAAUAUACUCCAGAAUAUGACUAUUGUUAUGCUAUAUUUUAUGGUAAUUUUGCACCUUAAGGAACAGGUCUUGUUUGUACAUAAUCAUUAAGCAAUAAAUUAGUAUAUAUAUAUAAAUCAAUAUUAUAUAGUCUAAAUUUAGAAUUGCUGCAACUGGAGUAGUCUUAGAGAUGAAUCAUUAAUUUGAUGUGAUGAAAAAGUUAAAGUUGGUUGGAGAACCUUUUAAAGUUAUUAAAAAUACUGCAUUCAUUAAAGGAAUGUUUAAUUCUUCUUUCGAAGUAGCCAAAUUUUAAGGUGGUCUCAUUAAAACUGUGUCUGGUUUAAGAGGACAUAUUAAAAAACCAAGCAAAUUAGGUCCUGAUGGUAGUUUCAGAGCUACUUUCGAAGACAAGAUUCAAAUGAGUGAUUUAGUCUUCUGCAGGACUUGGGUCAGAAUGCAUAUAGAAAGAUUCUAUAGACUCAUUACAAGCAAUGUUAAAUUGAUGAAGACUAUGUGGGAAUUAAGACAAGAGAAAUAAAUUCCAUUAGAAUUCAAACCAGAAUCUACUUAUUAAGAUCAGGAGAGAGUACCUGUAAAAUUUGCUCCUUUGAGAAUACCCAAUAAUUUGUAAUAAAAUCUGCCUUUUGAAAGCAAGGAGAAGGUAUUUAAAUGUAAAAAUGGUUUUAGGUUAAAUCGUUAUCAUUCAGAGAGAGAUUGCGAUAAUAGGUGGAAAAGAAUUUACCUGUUAAGAGCAAUAUGACUGAUAAGGAGAAGGAGGUUUAUUCAUUAAUUUAAAGAUUGAAUACUAUUAAGAAUGAAAAGGAGAAGAAGAGAGAAUAGAAGGAUAUACAUAAACAGAAGAUCAAGGAGGCUUAGUUUAAAGGAUAGAAGUAACAUUUAGAAGAAGGAAAGAGGAAAUAUAAGUAAUAGAAACAGAAGGAUAAAUUUAUAAAAUAAGUUAAGAAAUAAUAAUAGUAGUAAUGA